UUACCGCUUCUUCUAAAAAUGCCUUUCUUUACAGGAAACCGCCCCUAGUAUCUUCCACACUUUUCCACCUUAUAAAUAUUCCCCACCAAAACAACAUCAUCACUCACAACUAUCAAAUCCCACAACAAAACAACUCUCAUUUUCCUCUCUUUCUCUCCAUAUUUUCCCACUACCCAAACAGUCUCUUGAUCAAAUAAACAAGAAAAAGGCCACAAAACAACACAAUAUAUUCUCGUGAUCACAACCGAAAAAAAAAAGGAAAAGAAAACUUCAAACUUUCCAUUAUCCAUGGACACCAAGAUAGGAGCGGUGGACGCCUGCAAUCCGGCGAGCAACGACGUGGGGGGCCCACCAAUCGGCGCCGUUUGCACCAUCCAAAGCUCUUCCGUCCCCUCCAUAGCGUUUUCCUCGUCGGAGGCCACGCUCGGCCGGCACCUGGCGCGGCGGCUGGUGCAGGUCGGCGUGACCGACGUUUUCACCGUCCCCGGCGACUUCAACCUCACACUCCUCGACCACCUCAUCGCCGAGCCUGGCCUCAACAACGUUGGCUGCUGCAAUGAAUUGAAUGCUGGAUACGCUGCUGAUGGCUACGCGCGGGCGCGUGGCGUUGGCGCGUGUGUCGUGACGUUCACCGUCGGCGGUCUGAGUGUUCUCAACGCGAUCGCCGGCGCUUACAGCGAGAACUUGCCUCUGAUCUGCGUUGUGGGAGGGCCUAACUCCAAUGACUAUGGGACCAACAGAGUUCUUCAUCAUACUAUUGGCGUGCCUGAUUUCAGCCAAGAAUUAAGGUGUUUUCAGACCGUCACUUGUUAUCAGGCGGUCGUGAAUAACCUGGAAGAUGCACACGAGCAAAUAGACACGGCCAUUUCCACUGCUUUGAAGGAAAGCAAGCCUGUUUACAUCAGCAUAAGCUGUAACUUGCCUGGGAUUCCUCAUCCUACUUUCAGUCGUGAGCCUGUCCCAUUUUCCCUCUCUCCAAGAUUGAGUAAUCAGUUGGGAUUAGAGGCCGCAGUUGAGGCCACAGCAGAGUUCCUGAACAAGGCUGUCAAGCCAGUUCUGGUGGGCGGUCCCAAGCUGCGAGUUGCUCAUGCAUCCGACGCGUUUGUGGAACUCGCUGACGCCUGCGGCUAUGCUCUUGCUGUGAUGCCAUCAGCAAAAGGGCUUGUGCCGGAGCACCACCCGCAUUUCAUUGGAACUUAUUGGGGUGCUGUCAGCACUGCCUUCUGCGCUGAAAUUGUGGAAUCCGCCGAUGCCUACCUCUUUGCAGGGCCUAUUUUCAAUGACUACAGCUCUGUCGGGUAUUCCCUUCUUCUGAAGAAGGAAAAGGCGAUUAUUUUGCAGCCUGAUCGGGUGACGAUUGCGAAUGGCCCUGCCUUUGGCUGUAUUCUGAUGAAAGAUUUCCUCAGAGCACUUGCGAAGAGGCUAAAGCGUAAUACCACUGCCUAUGAGAACUACCACAGGAUCUUUGUUCCGGAAGGACACCCUUUGAAAAGUGAGCCUAAAGAGCCUUUGAGAGUCAAUAUUAUGUUUCAGCAUAUUCAGAAAUUGCUGUCAAGUGAGACUGCUGUGAUUGCUGAGACAGGGGACUCGUGGUUUAACUGCCAGAAGCUGAAGUUACCACGGGGUUGCGGGUAUGAAUUCCAAAUGCAAUAUGGAUCAAUUGGUUGGUCAGUUGGAGCAACUCUUGGGUACGCACAGGCUGUUCCCGAGAAGCGAGUGAUUGCUUGUAUUGGUGAUGGAAGCUUCCAGGUAACCGCUCAAGACGUGUCCACAAUGCUGCGAAAUGGGCAGAGGACCAUCAUUUUCCUGUUGAACAACGGUGGAUACACCAUUGAAGUCGAGAUACAUGACGGACCUUACAAUGUGAUCAAGAACUGGAACUACACCGCAUUGGUCGACGCCUUUCAUAAUGGCGAAGGCAAGUGCUGGACUGCCAAGGUCCAAUAUGAAGACGAGCUUAUUGAGGCAAUUGAGACAGCAACUGGGGCCAAGAAGGACUCCCUGUGCUUCAUUGAGGUGAUUGUUCACAAGGAUGAUACGAGCAAAGAGUUGCUUGAAUGGGGCUCGAGGGUCUCUGCUGCCAACAGCCGCCCACCAAACCCACAGUAAAACCAAUCAUGAUAACAUGUCAAAAGAGUGUUAUUCUCUUUAAAAGUUGAACAUUUGUUAAAGAAUUUUUAUCCGUUUCUCCUUUUCCCCCCUUUCCUCUAAUGGUUUGAGUAGUCCACAUGACUAUAUUCCUUGUCUUUUGUUUAUAUGUAAUAAAAGAGUGAUUAUGAUUUUCUUCAGUAUCAUUUCACUUCGUUUAGUUAGUUUUACCGAAGAAUAAUGCUAAGAAAAAGUCAUGUGGUGAGAUAGUAAGGCUAGUCAUUCUUUUCCGUUAGGUCUUGAGCUUGAAUCAGUUUCAUUUCAAUCCAUUUUUAUGAUGGAUUCAUAUGUCAUAAAGAUGUUUUGCCUUUCCGAAA